AUGGCAAAGAGAAUCGCCGAAGAUUCCGGCUCUUCGCUGUCUCCAGCACCUGAGGACCUCCUGGCUCCAGUGGAGACUGGAGUGACUGCCACGGCCACGACGAACGGCAAGAAGCGGAAAGCCGAGACUACCGUCAAGACCACGGUCAAGACCACGGUCAAGACCACAAAGCGCACCAAGCAAGCUUCAGCAGACGAGGCCCAAGGGGAGGAAGAGGCCAUAGAGGCUGCCGAGACACCUCGCAAGAAACGUGCGACUGCCGAGAAGGUGAAGCACGAAGAAGAUGAAGACGACAAAGACGGAGGCGCAAACGGCCAGACAGCAACUAUCGUCGAGAAGACAGUCAAGAAGAAAGUCACCCGCGCAAAGAAGAGCAAAGAGCCAGUGCCGGCACUCGAAGAGCGCACUGCCGACACUAAGCUACGCAUCGGCGCUCACGUCAGUGUCGCUGGAGGUGUGCAUAAUGCCAUCCCCAACCUCUUGCACAUUGGUGCCAACGCAUUCGCCAUGUUCAUGAAGAACCAACGCAAGUGGGAUAACCCUGACAUGGACCCGGAACACGCAACCCUCUUCAUCAACGGCUGCAAAGACCACAAGAUUGAAGUGGGAGACUGCUGCCUUCCUCAUGGGUCCUAUCUCGUCAAUCUCGCCCAUCCCGAUGCUGAGCGCAAGAAGCAAGCCUACGACUGCUUCCAAAACGACCUCGUGCGCUGCAACAAACUCGGCAUCAGACUCUACAACUUCCACCCCGGCAACGCCAAUGCUACAACGCGGGAGGAAGGCAUUACGUUGAUUGCAGAGAACUUGAACCGCGCGCAUGCAGAUCCCGAAACAGGGUCUGUCAUCACCGUCCUCGAAACUAUGGCCUCGCUCGGUAACACCAUCGGCGGCACCUUCGAAGACAUCGCAGCCAUCAUCUCGCACGUUGAGAAGAAAGACCGCGUAGGUGUCUGCCUGGAUACAUGCCACGUCUUCGCCGCCGGCUACGACCUGCGCACGCCAGAGACCUACGCCGAAGUGAUGGAAGAGUUCGACAAGGUCAUUGGACUGAAAUAUCUCAUGGCUCUCCACGUGAACGACUCCAAAGCCCCACUGGCCAGCUACCGCGACCUGCACGCGCGCAUCGGCACCGGCUACUUGGGUCUCCGCGCGUUCCACAACCUCGUCAACGACGAACGCCUCCACGGCUUACCCAUGGUGCUCGAGACUCCCAUCGAUAGCAUCAACGCCAGCGGCAAGAAAUUCGAGGACAAGAGCAUUUGGGCGCGCGAGAUCAAGAUGCUGGAGCGGCUUGUGGGUAUGGACGUUGAGAGCGAGGCGUUCAAAGAGUUGGAGAGGACGUUGUAUGAGCAGGGAGAAGGUGAGAGGGAGAGGAUUGGCGGGCAGGUUGAGAGGAAGAAGGUCAAGGAUGCGAAGCCGAAGGCGGUGAGGAAGAAGAAGGGUAAAGAUGAUGAGGAUGUUGAUGGGGAGAAGGAUGCGAAGCCGAGGAAGGCUGCGCCAAAGAGGAAGGCUGUUGCUAAGAAGGUGGAGAGCGAGGAGGAGGACGACGACGACGACGACGACGACGACGAUGAAGAGUGA